AUGACGACCGAGCCUGCUCUUGUUACCACAGAAGCACUGAAGGACGUCCACAAUCUGGGGAUCCGGUGCCUGGUAAACGGUGAUGUAGUUCAGGACAGCAACACCAGUCAGCUGAUCUUUAAGACGGAGAAGGUGGUGGUGUGGGUCUCGCAGUUUGUGACUCUGUACCCAGGCGACGUGUUUCUAACAGGCACGCCUCCAGGAGUGGGCGUGUUCAGAAAGCCACCCAUCUUUCUAAAGGUGAGCUCAGUUUCCAGUUUCUUACACUGCGUAGGCUUGUUCUCCAUUUUCCAAUUUUGUGAAUCUCUAUAA